ACAGGAACAACAAAGAGGAGAAAGAGCCCGGGUUUUAAACCGACUUGAGAACACACCUGAACACGCAAUCAAGGAAAUUACCUGUCGUUCACAGUCGGGCAAAAGAAGUUGGUUUGCAUGUGAGGACAAGCGUCUGCCGAGCCAACCAUGGCGAACAAUGUAGAAGAUAUUGAAAACAAUAUGGACGAGCAGGAAACCAACGUGGCCUCGGAAACCCCCCAGCAGCCACAGGAGUCUGCAGUGACCAGAGUCCGGUCCAGAGGAGGCUCAGCAGGAGGAGGAGGAGGAGGAGGAGGAGGUGGCAAUGGUAGCGGCCCGGAGCAGAACGGACAGCCCCCCGCCGCUCGGCCUCCGCGGGUGGUGGAGACCGAGGAGGAGGAGGAGGAGGAGUUGACCUUGAAGUACGGGGCCAAGCACGUCAUCAUGCUGUUCGUCCCCGUGACCCUCUGCAUGGUGGUCGUCGUGGCAACUAUAAAGUCCGUCGGCUUCUACACCCACAACGACGGGCAGAGAUUGAUCUACACGCCGUUCCCCGAAGACACCGAAACGGUCGGCGAGAGAGCCCUCAACUCCAUCCUGAACGCCGCCAUCAUGAUCACCGUGAUCAUCGUCAUGACGCUGGUGCUGGUGCUGUUGUACAAGUACCGCUGCUACAAGGUGAUCCAAGGCUGGCUCUUCCUCUCCUCCCUCCUCCUGCUCUUCCUCUUCUCCUACAUUUACCUCAACGAGGUGCUGAAGAACUACAAUCUGGCCAUGGACUACUUCACCCUGGCGGUAAUAAUCUGGAACUUCGGCGUGGUGGGCAUGAUCUGUAUUCACUGGAAAGGACCGCUGCGGCUCCAGCAGGCCUACCUCAUCAUGAUCAGCGCCCUCAUGGCUCUGGUUUUCAUCAAGUACCUGCCCGAGUGGACCGGCUGGCUCAUACUAGCCGUCAUAUCCGUCUACGAUCUGCUGGCGGUGCUCUGUCCCAAAGGGCCUCUGAGGAUCCUGGUGGAGACGGCUCAGGAGAGGAACGAGCCCAUCUUCCCAGCGCUCAUCUACUCCUCGACAAUGGUGUGGAUCGUCAACAUGGCCGACACCGAAUGGCCGCCGCCGAAGAGGAACUCGACAGAAGCGGCGGCGGCGCCUCAACCAGAAUCUCAAGAAGCCGCGGCCUCGCCGCCCGCCGCGGGCUCGCCACCCGCCGCGGGCUCGCCACCCGCCGCCGCCGCCACCCGGCCGCAGGACGACGGCGGCUUCAGCUCCACGUGGGUCAACCAGCAGCAGCACCAGCUGGGGCCGCUGCACUCCACUGACCAGACCCGGCGGGAGAUCCAGGAGCUGCCGUCCGCUCGCCCUCCUCCCGAAGACGACGACGACGAGGAGAGGGGCGUCAAGCUGGGCCUCGGAGACUUCAUCUUCUACAGCAUGCUGGUGGGAAAGGCCUCGGCCACGGCCAGCGGCGACUGGAACACCACGCUCGCCUGCUUCAUCGCCAUCCUCAUCGGCCUGUGUCUGACGCUGCUCCUCCUCGCCAUCUUCAAGAAGGCGCUCCCCGCUCUGCCCAUCUCCAUCUUCUUCGGCCUCGUCUUCUACUUCGCCACGGACAACCUGGUCCAGCCCUUCAUGGACCGGCUGGCGCUGCACGAGUUCUACAUUUAGCCGGACGCCGCCCCCCCCCCCCCCCCCCCCCGAUGACCCCCUCGCCCACGUAGCCCUCCGGCCAACAACACGACGGCGCUCCCUGGGGGGCGGGGGGGGGGGAACAAAGGGCGAUGUGGGACCCCCCCCCCCCUGCAUCUUCUCCUAAAGAACUCACGAUGACGGGACGCACGUUGUUUUUGUUCUGCCUCUUUCAUUCCGGCACCAACGGAGGGUUUGCCCCUCGACGACGGUUCUUAGAUAUUUUAUUUCAGUUUUAAGCCAAGAAGUGAGAUUUCUUGCUCGUCCCGGGAAACUCCUCUUCAAAUCGCCGGCCGUCGGCCUCGGGCUUAUUCAAACCGAGGAGUUAGUCAGAGUGUUUUACCUUUUUUUUUAUUUAUCCAGGGUAGCUUUCACUACAGCAGCAACCGGCUUCCUCUUCACACAGAAUGAUACCUGGGAGCUGCCCAUCACAGUCCUCUACAACCGGGGCUUUGCAGCAGGUGCCUUGCUCAGGGACACCUCGUGGGGGGGGGGGGUUGGCUGUUUCACUAAAUCUCCCUUCAAAGACUUUGAUCAAACAUCUUCAUUUCUUUUUACUUCUGAGCUGCUGCCCCCCCCCCCCCCUCCCCGCUCCAAAAAACCCCAACUAAACCCAAGAUUUUAAAAAGCCUUCGUGAAACUAACGGACGCUGUACGAUGAUGUUGAUCACAGGUAUGCGUGUAGUUUGAUUGUGUAUGAGCUGUCAGUCACCAGACGUGCUUUCUUCACCGCUGUUAAGAAGGGUUGAGACGUGUUGUUUUUGUUGUUUUCCCCACUCUGGAGGCGCGAGAACCAAAACGGAAAGAUUGACACCGAGCGCGAUGUCUAGAGCCCGUGAAUCACCGGCACAAGAAAAGAAGAGGACAACUUGAUUCGUCUUUAGAAUUACGAUCCGAGUAUAAAUGCGCCGCGCGGCUCGUCGCCACGUUUCCCGCCGUUGAUUUAGCGUCAAAUCACAUUUGAAGAGGGAAGUUGACACAAACACUCACGCCUGAGACUCGCCUGCCACGUCAGUCCCGUUCUGUGAGCCACUGAGCAGUCGGCGGUCCGGUGCCUUGCUCAAGGGCAAAUCAGUAGAUGUAGUCGUUGUUGUUGUUAUUGUGGGACAGAAAUGUGCUUUUCAUUCUCUUCCCCGACUGAGAUUUGUUUUUGUUUUUUUCAAUCUGUCCAGUGUUGUAACCUGUGGUCAUCUGGUCUCAAGCUCUGACCCGUUUGGGCUCGAGCCGCCCUCACGACGCUCGCCCGGUGCCGUCUGGAACUAUGCCUCAUCAAAACACUUUGAUUAUUUCGACUAUACGCCGACACCGGGUGUGUGCUUUUCAAGAAGUGCAUAAGAGGCACUUUGUACUUUUUGAAACACGAGGGCGAAUGUUAACGGGGUUCCUUCACAGAUCAGGAAUAUCUGGGAGUGAAAACAAAGAAAACCUUUUUGACCUAUCGAUGUGCAUGUUUUGAGACAAAAACUCUCGUUCCUGAUGAAAGAGUUGAGCAUUAUUUGCUGAAUCGUCUAUUUUAACCAUGUUAAAAACAAAGCAACAAGUUUUAAACCAAGGCAAAAAUUCUGUUUUGGUUAAAUAUUAAUGUCUGUGAACCCAAACUGGCUUCUCACAUAUGAGAUGAAGCAGCUAGACGGAGGAAGACGAGCAGCACCGGUUGCUCUUUUGUUGUUGCACUCGAGUUUCAUGCUUUCAGAGCAGAAAGAGGGAGACAUUUAGUUUGUCAUGAAACUUAUUUUUGUUUUGAGGGAAUAUGUUGGGUGACUGUUUUUUUUCUGUCCUUCACAUGCAUAUGUGUGUUAUGCAAGGUUAUUCAAUUCAGAUUGUGUUUUUUAAUAAAUAAUGAAAGUUAAAGUA